AUGAUUCCCAAAGCCUUUUUAUUUACUCCCGUGGCUUCUCCGAAAAGCAGCUACACCCAUGGUGACGGCAAGCGUUGCCGGCGGGAUGCUUUCGGAGAUGUCUCCGACUACUACGACUUUCCCACCGAGGCUCCUUCGACAACCCACACCAGCCCGGUUGUCAUCCCCGCAAAAUACGGCUCCUCUGUGAGAUCUUCGCGUCAGUUGUCCACCGGUAGUGGUCCCAAAACGCCGAAACGCUCACAAACCCUUCGUCGGGCUCCGUCGAAUGUGUCCGGCAAGGGCCGUCCUUUGCCCUCUUCCGUUGCUUCCAUUUUGGAAGCUACUGCGAUCCCGGCUCCCAGACGUAGCCGGUCCAUGCGUACAACCCGAAAGCUCCCUCGGAAGAUUCAUGUGGAGGAUUUCAGCAAAAUGUUGAUGGAUGAUGUGGAAGAAGACCGCCUGCUGGUAGGGACUGGGAACUCCGCCUUGGAUCUCUUACUCAGUCCUCCCGAGGAGGCCGAAAGGAUGUCCAUUACGGGAAGUGAUAGUGAUAUGGCGUCUUUCUCUGGUCGAUCUUUGUCGACUGAAUCGACGCCGUCGCUAGACCAUGACUUGGACUCGCCGUCGAGUUCGCCGGGAUCUUUCUCGCCAUUCAGCCCAAGGAGCCCUUCAGCGAAGAAGCACCGACGAGUGUCGCUUCCCGAAGAUUGUGCUUUCGACCAUCCCCUUCUCGAUACAGUGUUAUCCGAUGCUGAGAUGGAUGACAUGGUCCAAACGAAGGCCGCCUUGACAGAUCCGGUCUCCCCUCAGACCCCAUCCCCGUCCCGGUCAUUCGCACGAUUUGGAUCCUUUAAAUCCAAUCUGACGGCAUCAUUGCGCGCCAUCAAGUCAGCAGCUCAGACUGUGUCCGCAUUUACUACUCCGUCUGUUCAGCCGGAUGACUUCCUCACUCGAUCUUUGUUUACCAUCACGCCCGAACUGACGGACGACCGUCGACCUCCACCAAUGGACGAACCGCCAUCGCCUGCUCUUCGGCGGUAUUUGAAUCCUAUUAUCGUUUCACCGGCCGAAAUGCAUAUCUACCACGACGAGCACCCUCAUGGGGCUGCUGAGGCUUCCCGAAAAUGCCCGGUUUCUAUUCAGAUGCAGACUUAUCGCCGGAGCGGCGGUCGCAGCAAUCGCAAGCGUGCAUUCCACCUUGCUGGCUCAGGGGGUCGGGGGAGUCGACCAUGCUGUCCAUUUGAUCCGGAGAUCUCUCCCAUGUCGCGGCAACGAGAGCCCAGAGAGAACAGCGACUUCUUACGCGUGGUGGUCUUGGAGAUGAACAUGAGACGCAGCGGCAAGCUCCGAAACGACAUCCCCCCGCGGGCGCGGGUAUGGCUGCCACCGCGCAAGAACAGUCAACCCCGAUGUGCAUACAACGAUUACUUUUACGACGACUUCGACGAGGAGGACGAAGACGAAAAUGGCAUUCCAUCGCGAUGGAUUGGCAUUACUGUUUGA